AUAAAAGAAGCAGCGAAGGACCUAUCAAUGGCAGCGGCCAGCAUUACCGGGAGGAUGAGUAAAAACAUCUUGUUGUUGUCGCUGCUUCUGCUGAACGUCCAGUAUAUCCAGUCCGCAUCGAAAGGCGUCUCUGCCAGUCUGAAAGCCAAGUGGAGCAUGACGCCUUUCCUCCUGGAGACCAGUGAGUUUAUUGCAGAGGAUGGAAAUGAGAAAUUCUGGGACUUUGUUGACACUGUGAAGGAGUUAACAGUUUACAAAAAUGGAGAGUCUGUGCGCUCCUAUUACAACUUGGUAAUCAAGAAGGCUGGACAGUUUUUGACCGUGCUCCAGGUCAAUCUCCUCAAAUUUGCUCUCUCCUUGAGGUCCUACUCACCAGCUGUUCAUGCAUCCCAACAGAUAGGCAGUGAUGAGUCUCCGCCUGAGGCAUGCCUCGCCUUUGUUUCGGUCCAUGGCCAACAUGGCUGCAGCACAAAGGAUUUGAAGAAGCUCCUGAAGGCAGCUGCAGGCAGGCCAAAACCUUAUCUAUACAAGAAUGAGCACAGAUACCCUGGACUCAAUAAGACAGAUGUCCCAGUUGUGAUCCUUUAUGCUGAGAUCGGCACCAAAAAGUUUGGCUCCUUCCACAAGGUGCUGGCUGAGAAGGCUGCGGAGGGCAAGCUCAUCUAUGUGCUGCGUCACUUUGUAGCCGAACCAAGGCCCCAAAAGAUGCUGUUGUCUGGAUAUGGUGUUGAAUUGGCCAUAAAAAGCACUGAGUACAAAGCUGUGGAUGACACACAAGUAAAAGAUAAAGGAACAGUGAACACUGAUGUGGAUGACAUUGAUGAAGUCCAAGGCUUUCUCUUUGGGAAAUUGAAAAACUCCCACCCAGACCUGCAGGAGCAGCUAGGGGAGCUCCGGAAGCAUCUGUUAGAGAGCACCAAUGACAUGGCUCCUCUCAAAGUGUGGGAGCUUCAAGAUCUAAGCUUCCAGGCAGCGGCCAGGAUCAUGUCUGUACCAACGUUUGAUGCUCUGAAGCUUAUGAGAGACCUCAGUCAGAACUUCCCCAGCAAAGCCAGAUCACUGACAAGAGUGUCUGUGAACCAAGAAAUGAGAAGAGAAAUUGAGGAGAACCAGAAGCGGCUGAGUGAGACCAUGGGGAUCCAUCCGGGAGAUGGAGGCCUGUUCAUCAACGGCCUUCACAUUGAUCUGGACGUCCACAACCCCUUCAGCAUCUUGGACACUAUCAGAGGAGAAGCCAAGAUCCUGGAGGGCCUCCAUAACCUGGGCAUUAAGGAAGAGAACCUAGGCAAGCUACUGAGACUGCCCAUGAACCCAGUGGAAGAAAACUAUGCCUUAGACAUCCGCCAUCCAGCUAUAACGUGGAUUAACGACAUCGAGACAGACUCCAUGUACCGCAGCUGGCCCUCCGGUGUUCAGGAGCUCCUCAGAGCCACGUUCCCCGGGGUUAUCCGCCAGAUACGACGCAACUUUUUCAACCUGGUGCUGUUGCUGGACCCAGUUCAGGAAGAGAGCAUUGAGCUGGUGAAACUGGCAGAGCUCUUCUACAAACACAAGAUUCCUCUCAGGAUCGGAUUUGUGUUUGUCGUCAAUACUGACGACGAAGUCGAUGGAACUACGGAUGCUGGAGUUGCAUUUUUCCGGCUGCUGAAUUACAUCGCCGACGAGUAUGAUUUAUCACAGGCUCUCAUGUCUAUGGUUUCUAUGUACAACAAAGUGGAGAUCGGCGAGGCAUUGUCUGUUGACACAGUGUCUGCAUAUCUCAAGAAGAAGUUCCCCAAAGCCAGUGCUGCAAGGAUUCUUGGGGAAGAUUCCGAGUAUGAUGACAAAAGAAAGGCAGGGGCAGUGUUCUACAAGAAGAGUGGUUUGGGCCCUCUGCCUCUGGCUCUGUUCAACGGAGUCCCACUCAAUGCUGAGGAGAUGGACCCAGAUGAACUGGAGACUGUCAUCCUACAGCGCAUCAUGGAUACCACCAACUUCUUCCAGAGAGCUGUCUACAUGGGCCAGUUGACUGAGGGGACAGAUGUGGUGGACCAUCUGAUGGACCAGGCCAAUAUGGUACCACGCAUCAACCCUCUCAUCCUCAGCACUGACAGGACCUAUCUGGAUCUCACAGCCUCUCCAGUUGUAGAUGACUGGAAGGACACCACCAUGUACUCAUACCUAGACUCCAAGGACAAGACUGCUGUCAUUGCAAAGAGAAUGAAGUAUUUCACCAAAAAUGAUGAGGAUGGGAUUAAUGGAGUGACUGUGUGGAUCGUUGGGGAUUUUGAAAAGGCCUCAGGGAGAAGACUGCUGCUGAACGCACUGAAACACUUGAGGGCCAGUGCUGGUGUGCGUGUGGGGGUGAUUGAUAAUCCCAGCGGUGGUGCGCCCAGCGAGGACAGCACUGUGCUCUACAGGGCAGUGUGGGCCGCCCUGCUCACCCAGAAGAACAAGGCCGCAGUGGAGUUUGUGCAGAAAAUCCUUAAAGAGGAAACUGUCCAGCUCCUUCAACAAGGAACCAAGAUGAAGAACCUACUGGUGAAGGGCAUGGACGCGGACGCCUUUGAGAAGAAGUUCAACACCAUGGAGGUGGAUUUCAUCCGCAGUCAGCAGCUGUUCUGCAGAGAUGUCCUGAAGCUGCACACUGGACAAAGGGCUGUGGUCAGCAACGGCAGGAUCCUGGGGCCAUUUGAAGACGAGGAGGAAUUCAACGUGGAGGAUUUCCAUUUGUUAGAGAAGAUUACGCUGAGCACCACAGCCGAGAAAGUCAAAGCUAGAAUCAAGCAGAUGGGAAGCAAGGGAAAGCAAGCCAGCGAUCUAGUCAUGAAAGUGGACGCCCUCCUCGCCGCUGCCCCCAAAGGAGAGGGCAGGAGAGACUUCCGCUUCGUCAAAGACGAGCACAGCGUGCUCCAUUUCGCCCCUCGGGAAGACGAGGUGUUCUACGACGUGGUGGCCAUCGUGGACCCCGUGACCCGGGACGCCCAGAAGAUGUCACCGCUGUUGAUUGUGCUCAGUCAAGUGGUCAAUGUGAAACUGCAGGUGUUUAUGAACUGCCGGGCCAAGCUGUCCGAUAUGCCCCUCAAGAGCUUCUACCGUUUUGUGUUGGAGUCGGAUGUGUCUUUCCUGGCCAAUGAAACGGUGUCUGCAGGACCAGUGGCUCACUUCUUGGAGCUCCCUGAGUCGCCCCUCCUCACCCUCAACAUGAUCACCCCAGAGAGCUGGAUGGUGGAGGCUGUCAGUAGCCCCUAUGAUCUGGACAACAUCCACCUACAGGAGGUGAAAGGUGUAGUGACUGCAGAGUACGAGCUGGAGCACCUGCUGCUGGAGGGCCACUGCUUUGACCUGUCUACGGGCCAGCCCCCCCGCGGCCUGCAGUUCACCCUGGGCAUGAGCCAGGACCCCCUCAUGCAGGACACCAUUGUCAUGGCCAACCUGGGAUACUUCCAGUUGAAAGCCAAUCCUGGAGCCUGGAUCUUGAAGCUACGGGAGGGGAGGUCAGAGGAUAUCUAUCAAAUUCUAGCGCAUGAUGGGACUGAUUCUCCCGCUGAUUCUGGUGACGUUAAAGUUGUGCUGAACAGCUUCCAUAGCAAGAUCAUCAAAGUCAGGGUUCAGAAAAAGUCUGACAGAAUCAGCGAGGACCUCCUAAGUGAAGCCACAGAGAACAAGGGAAUAUGGGACUCCAUCGCUAGCAUCGCAGGUGGUGGGUCCAGUUCAGAGGACGGAGAGAAGAACAGGGAAGAUGUGCUCAACAUCUUCUCUGUGGCCUCAGGCCAUCUAUACGAGCGCUUCCUGAGAAUAAUGAUGCUGUCCGUCCUCCAGCACACCAAAACCCCCGUGAAGUUUUGGUUCCUCAAGAAUUACCUCUCUCCGUCCUUCAAGGAGUCCAUACCUUACAUGGCUGAGGCCUAUGGUUUCCAGUAUGAGCUGGUCCAGUACAAAUGGCCCCGCUGGCUCCACCAGCAGACUGAGAAACAGAGGAUCAUCUGGGGUUACAAGAUCCUCUUCCUGGAUGUCCUCUUCCCCCUGGCUGUGGACAAAAUCAUCUUUGUGGAUGCUGACCAGAUAGUUAGGGCCGAUCUGAAGGAGCUGAGGGAUUUGAACCUGGAGGGCGCCCCCUAUGGGUACACUCCCUUCUGUGACAGUCGGAAGGAGAUGGAGGGCUACCGCUUCUGGAAGACUGGCUACUGGGCCUCACAUCUGGGGAACAGGAGAUACCACAUUAGUGCUCUGUAUGUGGUAGAUCUGAAGAAGUUCCGCAAGAUAGCAGCAGGAGACCGACUGCGUGGCCAGUACCAAGCCCUGAGCCAGGACCCCAACAGUCUGUCCAACCUGGACCAGGACCUGCCCAACAACAUGAUCCACCAGGUGGCCAUCAAGUCCCUGCCCCAGGAGUGGCUUUGGUGUGAGACUUGGUGUGACAACGCAUCCAAGACCACCGCCAAGACCAUUGACCUGUGUAAUAACCCCAAGACCAAGGAGCCCAAGCUGUCGGCGGCCGUGAGGAUUGUGCCCGAGUGGGUGGAGUACGACAACAAGAUAAAACAGUUACUGAGAGACGUCCAGGAGCAGAAAGACAAUGACCGAGCGACGCAGACGCAGAGCCCGAUGCCUGCACCCUCCUCCUCUCCAGAGAAGAAGGGCAGCGAGCGUGAUGAACUCUAGCACCUGCCCACACUGCUGAAGAGGAGAGAGGCAUAUUUGCACCUAAUUCUCCGAUGAAGCUUGAAGACUACAAAGAUGAUGUACAUUUCCCACAAACGUACUUAGCCAAGAAGUAUUACGCCCUCCCUUUGAAAAGACAGAGAGACACGAGAAUUAUUAUUAUUUUUAUAACGAAGGAGUCCUACGAAGGAAAUCAUUUGACGUAACCCUUUCUUGUGGUCUAAUAUAAACUUUAUGGACAGUAGUUUGCUUCAUGGUCUUCUCUUAUGUAAAGAAAUAUAAAGGGUUAAGAGGUCACUGUUGGUGAAAGCCAUUUGCAGUCUGUAAAAGGCAUUUGAAAUGAUUGCACUGAUACUGUAUGCAAAGAAUCAAAUGAAUACGGCUCAUUCAUAAGCUGACUUUGUGUUCUCUGUGAUCUGAUAAGAUCAGCUGACAUUUGAAUUUUUAUAUGACAACAUUCUUAGCAUUUUCGAGCACCAAGCCACAUCUAAAUUGCCUGGCAAUGUAGGCUGCUAAUGGGCCUUUUUAGUUGGUCUGUUAUUGAUUGGUGUGAUAUUGCCAUAGACUUAAAUGCCCAUUGGCGCUUGGAGACAAUGUUACAUUUUGAUCAUUGAUUUCUUGCACUACUUGCAAACAAUUGUAAUGGGGGCUCACAUGACUCAUAUCUGUACAUUAAUGUGCUCUGCUGUAUAGGGGAUGUAAUCAACACUACACACACUGUGGUCCGAGAGUCCCACAAUGCUGUCUGUCUGAAUGAUUGCUUCACCAACCAUUUCAAAUCUUUGCCAAGUGAUGCAAUACUGCAAAUGCUUUGUUGCCAGAUAGGGAUCACCUUUUCCUGUAAUCACUGGGAGGACAUAGAUCUCAGCAUUUCACUAUCCAUUUGCGAAUAUACGUACAAUCUCAAACAAUUAAGUUAUCAUUGUUUACAUACCUUGUGUUUGUUGGUUAUGUAUAUUUUAGACUGCAUUUUUCAAUACCUUAAUGUACAGCAAAUCUUCUCAGGAAUGAAAUAGGUGUUGAUGCAUUAUCAAAACUCCUUUUAUACCUGUCACUGUCUUGUCUUAACAGCCAAUAGCUUGCUCUUAAAGUUCAGCUUUCACCUCAGUGUGUCAAAUGAAGGUGUUUCUUGUCUUUGUCAUUUUCAGGUGUGAGGAAUAAAAUCUCUUUGCUACCAAAACCUCA